CUGCGGAGCAGCCAUGAGCGAGACGGUCAUCUGCUCCAGCCGGGCCACUGUGAUGCUCUAUGACGACGGCAACAAGCGGUGGCUGCCUGCGGGCACGGGCCCCCAGACCUUCAGCCGGGUCCAGAUCUACCACAACCCCACGGCCAACUCCUUCCGGGUGGUCGGCCGGAAGAUGCAGCCGGACCAGCAGGUGGUCAUCAACUGCGCCAUCAUCCGGGGUCUCAAGUAUAACCAGGCCACCCCCAACUUCCACCAGUGGCGGGACGCCCGCCAGGUCUGGGGCCUCAACUUUGGCAGCAAGGAGGACGCCGCACAGUUCGCCGCGAGCAUGGCCAGUGCCCUGGAGGCGUUGGAAGGUCAGAAACAGUGGGCAGAGGGGCCCCUGAGCCCUGCCGCGGCACCGCCCUCCUGGUCGGCCCAGAACGGCCCCGCCCCCGAGGAGGCGGAGCUUCAGAAAAGGCAGCCAGAGCACCUGGAGCGCCGGGUCUCCAAUGCAGGAGCCCCACCUGCUCCCCCAGCUGGGGGACCGCCUCCACCUCCAGGACCUCCUCCGCCUCCGGGUCCCCCCCCACCCUCUGGUCUGCCCCCCUCGGGGGUCUCCGCUGUAGGGCAUGGAGCAGGGGGAGGCCCACCCCCUCCACCCCCUCUCCCCACAGCAGCUGGCCCCAGUGGUGGAGGGACUGGGGCCGCCGGCCUGGCUGCAGCCAUUGCCGGAGCCAAGCUCAGGAAAGUCAGCAAGCAGGAGGAGGCCUCAGGGGGGCCCGCAGCCCCCAAAGCUGAGAGCAGUCGAAGCACAGGGGGCGGGCUCAUGGAGGAGAUGAACGCCAUGCUGGCCCGGAGAAGGAAAGCCACACUAGUUGGGGAGAAACCCCCCAAGGAUGAAUCUGCCAAUCAGGAGGAGCCAGAGGCCAGAGUCCCAGCCCAAAGCGAACCUGUGCGGAGACCCUGGGAGAAGAACAGCACAACCUUGCCAAGGAUGAAGUCGUCGCCUUCAGUGACCACUUCCGAGGCCCACCCCGCCACACCCAGCUCCGGGGACGAGUCAGACCUGGAGAGGGUGAAACAGGAGUUUCUGGAAGAGGUGAGGAAGGAGUUGCAGAAAGUGAAAGAAGAAAUAAUUGAAGCCUUUGUCCAGGAGCUGAGGAAGAGGGGUUCCCCCUGACCACGGGGCCCCAGAAGACCCCGUUUCUCCCUUCCGCACACCUUGCCUGUCACCCUGCUUUCCCUGCCUCGACUUGACUUGGAAUUGGCUGAAGACGACACAGGAACGCGUCCUCCCCCUCCUCAUCCCACUUGGAAAAUUCCAAGGGGGUGUGGCUCCUGCCAUGCCCACUCCUAUACUGGCUGCUGAUUGGCUGGGGAGGCCCCCACCCUUUGCUCCCUUUGGUCCUUCCCCUCGGCCAUCCCCUUGGGGCAGGCUCCUCUGCUGGGAUGUGCCCAGUGACCCCACAGGGGACGGAAGGAGGGAAUGGCACAUUCCCUUGUUCUAGAUUUCACUUUAUCGCUUAAUGCCUUCAAAUUUUUGUUUUUUAAGGAAAAAAAAUUAUAUAUAUAUAUAUAUAUUUAGGUUUUGGGGGGAAGGGAAAUUUUUUUCUCUUUGGUUUUGAUAAAAUGGGGAGUUUUUAAAUGCUUUAGCCCCGGGCUUGUCGGAUUCGGGGCAGCUAUUUAAGGGGGGUGUCCCACCAGGCUGGGGGCAUCUCCCCUCACCCCAGGGAACAUCCCUUCUCUCCGGCUCCUUCCCCUUUUCUAUGAGGAAUUAAGAUGCUGUAACUUUUUGGAACCUCAGUUUUUUGGUUUUUUAUUUGGGUAGGUUUUGGGGUCCGGGCCAUUUUUACCCCUUAGGGAAAAUAAGAUGAGGGAGACAGGAAAAGGGGAGGAAAGCUUUCCUCCCUUCUCCCGCCUUCACCUUCAGCUUCUUGAAAAUGGGCCCCCGCGGAAUAAAUCUGCCAGUUUUUAUAAAUGCUAA